AUGCCUAAUUACUUACCCAACAGGGAUGGCUUCAUGCGUGCCAUGCUGCGGGAGACAAUAAAGAGGAUCCGCCGUGUGCGUGAGCGUGCGGGCCGUACGGAUGAGCCCAAAGAGAUAGAAACGACCGGCGACCCCUUUCGUGAUUUGACGUUAGCGUUCAUUCGCUGCGUCGAGCGAGUUAAGGAAAAUAUUAAGGAACGCAAUGAGGGCGCUGCGCGCCACGGUCAGGACCGAAUAGCUGUGGAACAAUCACUUGCCAUACAUAAAGACAUAAGAAACCUUGAAACUAUACUGGAAGAAAUGAAGCAAGAAGUGAAUAAGUCCGGUGCUGCCCUUGAAAAGGAAACCAGAAGGAAGAAAGCGAAACCACACAAGAUUGCUUUGUUGGAGAAGGCACAUUCUGCCAAAUCUGGACAAUAUAAGGAUUGUCUUGCUACUCUGGAGCUGGUAAAGGAGUCUGAUCACCAGCGAAUUGCUGCAACGAGCGGGGUGAAUGUGGGUCAGGAAUUGCUUGUCGGUCGUAGGGCUCAACUUCGUGGCGAACUUGGCUCAUUGUGGCGAGACAAAAAGGACGGUGGUGGUCAUGUUGAUCCGUACGCGGGGGCUAACCUUGAAGACGACACGGUGGGUGGAGGCCGCUUGGAGGAUCACGAGGACACGGCGGAGGCGAUGAAGACAAUUGCGGCCCAGGACAAGAAAAUACAAAAUUCUCUUGAAGUAGUUUCAAAGGGAGUGUCUAGGUUGCAUACCCUAGCACUGGAGAUUGGCGGGCAGAUUGAUAUGCAAAAUAAGCAUUUAGAUAACACGGAACAGGUCAUGAAUAAACAAACCGAGCAGCUGCACACUCUGAACGUACGCCUGAAGAAGCUCGUUAAGGAAAUGAAGCCAAUGAGUGUUUUCUUAUACGUUUGUUGCAUCUUACUCAUUAUGUCCUUAGUAGGUUUUUUUCUCAUGCAGUUUGACGUCAUAUGA